AUGCUGGAGCCGCCUGUUGAGCUGGAGCUCCCAACUGUAAUCGAACGUGUCGAGCCCAUCAAGCGCCAAACUCCCAAGAGAAUCACUCCCAAGAAAAUGGAGGCCUUUGAGACGCCAGCAACGCCCGCGAGCCAUGCUGUAAAGCCCCCUAGCACAGAGAUGCACCCCAGCAAAUUCCACCCAACUACCGCCGAACCAUCGUCUGCCCUUAGAUUGGGCUUCGCAGAUAUUGAAGACACACGACGGCGCGAUAGCUCUCAUGGAGCAGGCCUUCAAUCCACCCCGUCCAAAGUUGGCGGUGUGCCCUCUUCUGCUUUCACUCUUCGUGUGCCUGCUGGCACCACCGCCGGCCAACUGGGCUUAGGGGCUGAAGCCCUACGUGUUUUGGAGGGCCUCAAGGAAAAGGCUGCCGAAUACAAAGCCGAUCUCAUCGCCAACAGAGGAAACGACUCAUCGGCCGCGUCCACCGAUGCCAAUGGCCGCACAAUUGCUAAACCAAAGGGAAAAUCGGGAAGGUUUAGUGCGGCUCAUAUGGCUGAAUUCAAGAAGAUGGAUUCCAUUGAAGGACAUGCCUCUGCUUGGAGAGCACAAGAAGGAAGAUUCGUUCCCGUUGUCAACCCUGGCAUUAAACGGUCUCUAUCCAAGGCCAACCUGGACACCCCUCAGAAAAACACAAAGCAAACUGGAAGGCAGCCUUCGCUCUCGGCCAAGAGAGUAAAGAAGAGCGCAGAAGACGACGCUUCGACAACCCGCCCUAUGUCGCGAGACACGACGUCUGUUCCCCGCCCGUUCUCCAGCGUCAAGAAGCCUGCCGCUUCUAGAAUUGCUCGACCUAGCCUUUCUCGCUUGAUGAGCCCGACAAAGUCGUCCAUCGGUCGCUUCACUAGCCCUGGAAAGUCUGAAGCGGCUCCUGCUGCUGUUACAUCAUUGCCGCAGCCAAUCUUCAAGCUACAAGGCGAGGCCAAGGAGGCCAAGGAGGCCAAGGAGGCCAAGGAGGCCAAGGGACCGAAGGAACUCAAUGUUACCGACACGCCUAUGAGGCGAUCGGUGAUGAAGUCCGUGUUCGGAAGCAGCAUAUUCUCGCCUAGAAGACGGAGUGCUAUCCCGCAGCCAGUCAGCACCACUGCGCAGACGCCGCCAGCUUCCUCUCGCUUCUCCAAUCUGAACAUUACCCGACUUGCUGCCACUCAGCCCACGAAGAAGUCUGUCAAGCAUGUCACUUUUACACCAGAAGUUACGAGAACCAUUUUUGAUCCAGACUCUCCAUCGCCUCACAAGUCGAACACUACUAAGAAGGCUUUGGAGCGCACUGAAGUCGAGAAAGCCCUGGAAGAAGCGAAAUCAUCGGGCGAUAUUGCCUAUCCCGAUUUAUCCAGCUACAAGCAUCUGCUUGACUCCAACACUGAGGAGGUCAUCAAAUCUCCUUUUCCUUCGGUUCCAGGCAGAUUUACGUUCCGAAGUGAUCACACAAUCAAGUUUGGAAACCCAUCGCCAUCCGGCUUUGGUGCCUCUCCCGGCCAGUCGAGCGUGCGACAUGUGCGCAAUUCUAUCAAAGCCACAUCGGACAUGCCCGGCAGCUUUCCUGAUCCAGUUUCGCCGAGCUCUCACCCGAAUAAAGAGAACACGGCGCCUUCUCCGGCCAAGGUGCUUCCAGGAGUUCCACACGGAAUGGCCAACAAGAAGCGUCAUCGCGCCAGCUCGACUGAAGAGGACGCUGACAAGGAGGCAGCUGAUCGCGCUGGGAAGAAGGCCAAGAGUAGCCACGUUCCUGAGGGACAGGCUUUGAUGGCUCCUCGUCUUCUAGGUAAAUCACCCUCCAUCUCCGCCAACGCAAAGAAAGCCGCCGGCAAAACCCCAGUUCGUCCGAUUAGUCGAGCUGUUAGCUCGGCAUCGACUUCGAAGAAGAGACCAACACUGAGCAUGAGCCGCCUUAACAUGCUCGCCCGCCCAAAGAACCGCGGUUAG